AUUUCUAGGUUCUGUCAGAUUAGAGUUUGCACUCAACGGUGGUGCGUCAUUCGGGUCGCGUUUCCCACGGUGCCGUUAUUCUUCAAGGCGAAAAGGAUAUUGCCUCCAAACAACAGCGUUUUGUUGUGAAAGGAAAACAAGGUCUACAGUUGAAAGGCGUCCUUUAAGUGCUGACAGGUGUGGACCUCUACCCCGUACUAAAUAGAUAUUCUUGUGUAAUGCGAGAGACGAAGCAGAUGACAUGAUUGACGGCAGAGGUUUUAAAUAAUUUAUUAUAUCUGAAUAAAUGUUUUGCCGGAAUACUCACACGGCGACGUGGAAUGUGAUUUAAAAUGUUUGUUGUAACUUCUCCUGCUGCGAUUGGUAUACCAUAUGCAUUUUUGAUGUGAAAAAUAUUAUGAAUAGUUUGCAUUAUUGUCGCUUGGAAGAAAAAGAAAUGACCACUGCGUCAACCGAAAAAGGAUAAAUCAUCGCGUAUCUCUGCAACCAACAUAGUUCGCGUCUGGGUGUAACAUUUGUGCUACUAAGGAUGCUGAAUAUAUGAAUCACUUCUGUUGCGCAGGAGAGAGUUAUGGUGAUGGUGAUGAUUGAUGUCAAUGUUGUUUUGCGGUUAAUGGGAUAGGAUUUCCGAAAAAUGUAUAGAUAUAUACAAAUCCAAGCUCAUAGAUAUGGGAAUUAAGUGACUUAAAAAACGACCAAAAAUAGAUUGUUACCGAAUGAUUUACUGGAUUGUGGAGAUUUUUAAUUAUCCAAAAUUGUGAUCGGCUUAUGAAUUCAAGCAUUUCAAAAGUCUUGACAUCGUUUCGAUUCGAUUUACAUGCCGAUUAAAUCAGUGAUUAGAGAGCAUACUAAAUUUAAUCGACUAUUAAAACGGCAAUGAGUGAUUAGCAUGUAUACAUAUGAAUGAGCCAAAGGAAAAAAAAGUGAAAAUGCUGAAUUAAAAAGGUCGUGUAAAUUAUAAUUGGAUUAGUACGAUUCGGAUUACUCGUUCACUCCGUUACAUAAUCCAAUGCACCUAGGCGAGGGCAAAGAGAGAAGAGCACUGUGAGAUUCGAAGUGAGAUAUGUAAUAAUAGAAUUAAAUCGAUUGAAACAAAAAAGCAGAAGAACAACAGAAUACAGUUAAUUCCCAGUUGUUUGUAAUUAUACAUUACCGGAGCAUUUAAGUCAACGUGUUUGUGUGUAUAUACAUGUUUUUAUGUACUUCGAAUUUAUUCUAUAAAACCUAAACAACCCUUCAUGUUAGAUGUAUGACGCCGAGCAAUAGUGAUUCAACUUCGAAAUAAACGCUCUACUCAAAACCAUCGAUUAGCCAAUAAAACAGCCAAACGUAAAAUGGUUAAGCUAUAUCGUUUUUUAAACAAACCGAAGCCCACUGUAAAUAAUCAUCAACUACACUCUAUGCGCUAGAAAUGAAGCAAAACUAACCAACAUAAACAACGCAAAAGCAAAUAUACAUACUCACGCAAAGUCAUUCCGUCAAAUUGUAGAAGAAAUAAUCGCAGCCCAGCUGUAGCAUAAAUAUCGGUGCAAAUAAUCUAAAUGCAUGAAACAUGAAAAGCAAAUUUGUCAACAGGCCGUCAAAUCAACCAGAUUGGAAGCAAUAAAAUAAUACUACUGGGCACAGGAGGAUCGCGGAUACUGUUCACUUCACCGAAGCUAGAAAAUUUAUCUCCCACAAACCGAACCAGAUACGAUGAAAGCGUCGAGUUGUGUAGCAUGAAAUGAAACCGUUCCAGUUCUUCCGCGCCACAUUGCCACUACCGUUAGUAAUAUAAUAUCAGCCUGGUAAUUGCAGCCGUUGUGGGAACCUUCACAUCCGUUUUGUACAAUUUAGAUGCAAAGUUAGCGAAGCCUCGAACCCGAAGUUAUAAAACUAGCUCGUAUCCAUCUACCGUGCAACCAUUGUAGACCUCUAGGCCAGGACUUCCAAUUUCGAGAAAUAAAAAUAACAGUACUAGAAACUUAUACCUCUUCCACUUAGUGUUGUGGAACAGUGUAGAACGAAAAUAUUGCACCUCUUUCGUGGAGAAAAAUAAUAAAAUUUGAAUCUGUAUUUUUUCGGCCGUUGGUAAUGCCGCCGGGUUGUACGGAUGGAUCGACCUAAAAAUUCGCAUAUUCAAAUGCUUCCGCCGUAGAAGUCGUUCCUGAAAUUACCGGUACGAUAUUGCAGUGACGAAAAGUGCCACCGGACGAUAACAAAAGACAAACGAAGAAGGGGAUCCAAUUCAAAUCGCAGUGUAUAGUGAAACAAGCGGGGUUUCGGGGAGACAUCUAAAAUGUAUCAAUAAAACGAAAUUGAGAGGUCGGUCUCAUGAUCCAGAAGAAUCAUAGCGACACCGUAGCAAGUCGAACUCUUGGCCUAGCUUACAUGAAAAAUUGACGCAAGCUGCCUCGUUUACAUCUUGCCCAUCUGUUAUUCUGCUUGUCUGGCCUCCGACAACGACAGAGCGAUGUCCGCGCUCAAUCAUUAUAAUAACAUGUGCCACUCCAAUCUGAUAUUCAUCAUCCUAUUCAUUUUCAAUGAUUACGUCACAGGAGACAUCAGUACAUCAUUAGCGUUAAAUAAGCUAAACUCUGGCGGGACAUUCUUCGCCGGGCCAUACCUGGACGGAAGUGGAGUUAGCAACGUUACCACACAGAUAGGAACACAUGCAUAUCUGCCCUGUAAGGUGAAACAGCUGGGGAACAAGUCAGUGUCAUGGGUGCGAGUGAGAGACGACCACAUCCUUACCGUCGACAGAAUGACAUUUAUAGCCGACGAACGUUUUCAAUCAUUCUACGUAGAAAACAGCGGUGUAUGGACGCUGCAGAUCAAAUACGUGCAGGCACGUGAUGCCGGAAUAUACGAGUGCCAGGUGUCGACAGAGCCGAAAAUAAGUGCUAGAGUACAUCUGCACGUUGUUGUGCCAAGAACCGAGCUUAUUGGGGAUUCCGACCGAUACGUGAAGGCGGGUAGUGCCGUCAUACUGCGUUGCGUCGUCCGCGGUGCUCUGGAGCCACCAUCCUAUAUCAUUUGGUACCACGGUACCCAACAGAUUUUCACUGAAAAUCGACGGGGCUGGAAAACACAGCUGGAUCGAGGCGCACCGGACCUAGACGGUGACAUCCACAGCACUAUUGGCUCAUUGAUCAUUGAAUCGACAAGGAAAAAAGAUUCCGGGAACUACUCCUGCAGCCCAUCGAACAGUCCACCGAUUACUGUCUCGCUGCAUGUCAUAAACGGUGAAUCCUCUGCUUCAGCUGUAACAUCAUCUGCCGGUUCACUAUUCGAUGACAGUAUAUCAAUGGUUAAGCAGAGGAACAUCUAUAUUUUACUGCAGCAUAGGUCAUUUGUUAUGUUACUCGUUUUGGUUAUCUACGUUCAGCUCAGCUGUCGCAUGUACUAGUUAAGAGAAUUUAUCUAAGUUAAUAAAUUUGAACCCCCUUAUACAAACAUACCAAAAAUCGAGAAGAAGACAAAGCAGAGCAUGUAAGUGAAAAUAAAACUACAACCAUAUUAUGUAUAGAUGAGAUUGGGUACAAUCCUGGACAUUUGCUCACAACCGUACAUCGACUGAGAUAUUUCAAACUAUCGUACAGGAAGAUGAGAAUUUCGCUGGUUCACUUAAAUCGUUAUCACCGAUCGCCGGUCAUUGGCACCAGAGAAACAAAUCGUGCAAGAAAAAAAAUCUUCCAUGGUUGAAUACGAAUCAAAGUGCGAUUUGGUGACACAAGAUAUUCUUGUGGAAGAUUUUAAAAGACAUCAUGAUAAAUUUCAAACUAUAUUUACUUUAUCUAUUUCCCAAUAGUUUCGAUUGUCAUUGGUAUUUUAUGAUUUUGUUAUCUGUUGUUGCUCUCAACCACUAAUAUUUUUUUAUAUUCUAUUUACCGACAGUUCUGGUAUUCAUGUUUUUUAAAGUGUCACUACGAAAAGAAAGUUGAACGUGAGAAGUACACUAUAAAACAAAUUACACUGUACAUUGAUUUUUAGUUUUGGGUAUUUCACGAACACAAACUUAUGGUGAUGUGUAAUGCAAGCAAUACCGUACCAAACCAGAAAGCAAAAUCUCUAUUCUUUUUAUAAUGCACCUACACUAGUGCAGAUAAUAAAUUGUACAUUUUACCAUUUAUAUUUUCCAAAAUGAUAUAUUUUACGAGCGGCCUAUGUGAUAAAAGCAGUUUCCUGUUACUUUAUAUCCCCAUACCGCCUCCCAGUUAACUUCCGAUGUGAAAAGUAUAGAAAACUACCAUAAAAGAGCGAGAUAGGACCUUUCGAACAAGAGGAUAAUCCUCGUUCGACAAAAGUUCUGAAUUACUGAGCUGCGGAAAAAAAAGAAUACAGAGCAAAGGCACGAAGAGUACUAGCCAUCAAUUGAUCGGGUCGUUGAAUUUGAAUAAGUGCAUACAGGAUCAGUCCAGCCAACCGAAAUGAAACAUUUUUUUUAGAAUCGUGUGUUUGGUUUGCGUGCAAUUCUUUUAGGCGUUGUGUUCAAGAAAUUUUAUGUUAUUGUUUUGAUAGAAAUAUUGUGAUAAUUUUUUACUUGGAAUUUAGAAUCAAAUCAUAAUGAAUUUGAAAAUUGUCUGAAAUCUACAAAUUUUCUUGUCGAUGUUAUCUUACCGAAGCAUUCACAAAAACAAAAAAAAUUGACAGAAUUUUUAUUUUCGAAAUAAACACAUUUGUAUUUUUUUUUUUUAUUAUUUGGUUUUUGAUUAAAAGUUUAAUUGCUUGUUUUGUUUCCGACAUUUGUUAAUGCACAAUUACAAUAACAUUAUUAAUUCAGUUUUAUAUACUUCCAAAAUACGCUCUAUUUUUCGCAAAAUAUAAUUUGAUAAGCAGUCAAAUGAUGAAAUCAGUAGCUACCUUUGUUUAUGAAUUAGAAUUGGUAACAUGGUGUAAUGAAUAUAUGCGAAAAAAAAUAUUCACUAUCCUAUAGCUAUGCUUUUUCCUUUUACAUGUUUUGUGAGGAUCGUAAAUCUAGAUCAUUAUUUGAGACUCGUUUAUAUGUUCGUCGAAUUUCCUAAAAGCGUUUUUCAAAAAAUGAAACCCACAAUUUUUCGCGCCAAAGUACUCUCAUACAGUUUUCCGAAGACAAUAGAAGUAAUGGGAUAGCGGGUGGAGAUUUCACUAUCGGUUUAUCAUAUAUUCUUUAAAUUGCACCAAAAAACUUCGGUUGGUAUUCAUCGGAUGACGAAAGUUCUUAUGCGAAAAUAUUUGAAUGACAGAACCGAGAGACACAUGAAUGAUUGCCCACAAAUACAAAAAAAAAUCUGAAAACGCAAACAAAAAAUAGUUCCCUUGAAAAAGUGCUUGCUCACUUCAGCGCAAACACUUGCAAUAACACAAAAAGUGCGAUUGCUGUGUAUUUACCUAUACACUUACAAAACAUCACAAAUGACAUAAGGAAUACAAUAAAAAACAGUCCAGCAAUGUGCAGCCCAAGCCCGCCUCACUUACAGUGUUGAAUAACCGGAGCAAAUAAUAAAUUGAAGCAUUGAACGAAACGGCAACUGUCGACAUCGCAGAGAACAUGACAGCACUUGACAGCCAUGCGAAAGUUAAAAUAAAAAAUGCGUUUGCGAUGCGUGAAUGCAUUCUAGGUUAUCGGUGACUAACGUUAUACCAUUUAAAUACGGAAACAAACAUGCAUGAGACAGAUUAUAAAAGCAAAUUCAAUUUUACUGAUACAUAAGCGAAAAGUUUAAAAAACUGAUCGUGAAUCAAAACCAUACACAAACAAAAAUAAGUAUGAAUUGCUAUCGGCAAAGAUAAGUAAAAUUAAUAAGCGUAGUUAUAUAUUAGUUAGGUAAUUCAUGAAAAUUAUAUUGUAAAUAUUUUUAUAUUUUAAUUUCAGUUGAAUAAAACAAACAUAUUUUUUUUAAUAAAA